AGUUGAAAGUCCUUAGAACACUAUCCGUAAAAAAACAGCAUACGAAAAUACAUUUUGCGUGUUUUGGCAGAGCAUCGACUCUUACUUUUCAACCGACACAUUUAGUUUAGUGAGCCGCAUUUUCGGAUAAUGUUUUAUCGGAUUAUCUGUGAAAAAUCGCAUCGCAUCGCAUUGCUUUGCAUUGCAAACUAGUCAAAUGUGGGAAAAUGCCUUGCUUGCUAUGAACUGCCUAAACCCGUUUUACGUUAAAUACAUUUCUGAAAAAAGGGUAUUUCUUAUUAUGUGGCUGGAUAUAAAAAGGGAUUAAAGGCGUAACUGCUAUGUCUAUCAACAAUCAGAAAGCAAUCACAAAUCACAUAAAAGACUGCGAGGAUGCUUCGAUCAGAUCGGUAAGUUCUGAGGACGUUUCGCAAGCGGUACCCAGAGGAUAUUGCUGUGCAAAGUCGAUCAAUCCGGCCGACGGAAGAGGCAGAAAAUUGCAUCUGCUGCAGAUGUUGGUGUUGCCUUUCAUACCAAUACUUGCAUUGAUUGUGCAAACGUCCGUAAUCUUGAGGAACAUCAUGAUUUUGAAGAAUGAUAGCAUAGAAGUUGAAAAUCAGGUGACUGCAGCGACGGAAUUGGGCAAAGUCGUCACUCGAAUGCAGCUCGAAAGGUCUGAAGUAGCCUUUUACCUUUACACCGGCGGAAAAGAGCUAAACAGGACCGAGAGGACCGAUUUGAAGGCAAGAUUCAAGCUGACCAAUGAAGCAUUGGGGAAUAUGAGUUUCUGGCCGCCGUUGAAUCUUCAGAUUGAUGGUAGUCGAAAGGUGUAUUUGGAUAAGGAAACCUUUUUGACCAAUCUGACAACAUUUAGACAAACAGUGAAUCAGUCCGAAGAAACAACAUUUACAGAUGUACUAGCUUGGUAUACGUCGGUGAAUGCAGCAAUGUUGGAACAUUUAACGCAACAAAUUAAAGAAACUGACACCAGCGGUGUUUGGAGAUACUUAUUGGCGUUUAAGAACUUGUUGAAAAGCAUUGAAAGUACGGGAAUUGCGAGCGUUUAUGGCGUCAACUAUUUCGGAAAAGGUAUAUUGAAAAAGCAAAACUACAUCAGCUAUAUUCAGCACGAUUCAAUAGCCAAAGAUCUACUUAACACCUCGUUGAACUACGUGGCCAAAUUGAAGCAGGAGUAUAACAAUUUGUCUCAAACGAUGAUUGAUUAUGGCAAUAUUAAGAAGCAAAAUGAUAUUAUAAUAAGAAAUAUCCAACGAGAACCCAACUAUACAGAGGCUCUUAAUUAUUUCGAUUCAAUUGCUUUAUACACCGAUGAGUUACGCAAACUACAACGAUCCCUUAGAGUUACUAUUGGGGAAUAUGUAAGUGGAAAUUUGCGAGAUGCGGCCAACCAAGAGGCAGUGGGCAUAACAAUUUUAAUUGUGGUUUUAGCCGUAUCUCCUGUGAUUAUUUGGCUGGUUCAUAAUGCAGUAGCAACAAUUCAGUUAUAUGCUGCGAACUUGUCGAAAAAAGCCAACGAAUUGAAGAGGGAAAAAAAGAAAAGCGAUCUGCUGUUAUUUCAAAUGCUUCCUCCGAGUGUGGCGACCCAACUUAAGCAAACCAGACAAGUACCUGCCGAAUAUUAUGCGUCGGUCACAGUGUAUUUUAGUGAUAUAGUUGGGUUUACGGAAAUUGCAGCCAUCAGCACACCACUCGAGGUGGUAACAUUCUUAAAUAAAAUCUACAAGCAGUUUGACUCUCGUAUUGAAUGUUAUGAUGUGUACAAGGUGGAAACGAUUGGCGAUUCUUAUAUGGUGGCUUCUGGGCUGCCUGUAAAAAAUGGCAAUAAGCACGUAUCGGAAAUAGCCAGUAUGGCUUUGGAUCUACUUGCAGGUUCCAGGCAUUUUAAAAUCCCGCACAGAAAAUCCGAAAAGCUUCAAAUUAGAUCUGGAGCCCAUACAGGCCCAGUAGUGGCUGGGAUAGUUGGGUCUAAAAUGCCAAGAUAUUGCCUAUUUGGAGACACCGUAAAUACAGCUUCGAGAAUGGAAUCGACGGGUGUAGCAUCAAAGAUCCAUAUAAGCCUCGAAAUGAAAAAAGCCCUGGAUGCAAUUGGCGGGUACAAGAUCGAAGAACGCGGACUAGUGGAAGUGAAAGGUAAAGGACUGAUGGAAACGUUUUGGUUAACUUGCAAGGAGGGAGUUACUCAGAAUACUGUUGAGAUCGAAGCUCCUUCGUAUUUUCCGGAAGACGAAGACAUGGAGCCGGUAUUUAUUAAAAGGUUGAAAGACAAAAAUUACUUUUAAUUUACUAUCCGACACCCAAUAGAUUGAAUGUUAAAUGUUUGCGGCUUUUCAUCAAUCAUCAAACACUAUUUUCGUCUUAAUCACAGCUUAGCUAGAAUAAGGAAUUUUUCGAAAUCUGAAAAUCUGCUUCAUUUUAUAACAAGUCUAUGUUGUAUUUAUUAAACCUAUAUUAGGUGCCAAUGUAUUUACCUAAUUGACGUGGUAUACUUGAUGUUCAAUGUUCAUUAUCUCUUUACAAGUUUUACAGUUUUUAUAUAAAUGUGGUAAAGAUCCAAGCAAGGAAAGUACUCGAAUAAUGCUUUAUCAAGGACACAUAAAAUAUUUUUAAUUACGUGUUGAGUAUAAAUGGAAGUAAUAAAAAUGUAAAUAAAAAAUUUAAUUGGC